GAAAGCAGAGGGACAGGGAACGAUAUUUAAAGGUGGGGGAUGGAGAAAGUUGUCAGUGAACUCUGAUAGUGCUGCUGUAACUGGGUCGGACUGGACUUGUCUCCCCUGCAGAAGUGCCAGGACAAAACAAGCAUGUCUCAGUCCCCACUGAUGCCCAAACCACUCCAGGAGCAAAACUUUCCCAGGCAAACUCAGCCCUGUCACUUAUUCACAUCAGUUAUCACAUCCAGGAGAAAAAAAUGCAAAUCUGCACCCAGCUUGGACUGCGGUGGCCUGCUCGGGUUGUUUUCUUGUUCCUAUUCAGAUGACGCAGUAGCAAGGGAGGAGCACAGCACCAGGACCUCAUGGCCCUCAAAACCGAAACAGAAACCAGGACCAGACGCCUGUGACAACAACAAGGGCUGCAUUUGCUACGUGCCGCUGGCAGACCGGAUUGGCUUGCCAGGGCUGUACCUCGGCCCUCCCCAGUGUGUUUCGGCUCUGGACACGGCACGCAGCCUGAUGGCUACCCUGUUUAGAGCAACGGACAUCCUCCAUGUGGCCUUCAGACCUCUCCAGAAGCCUGCUGUGAAGAAGGUCUCCAAGAGAGGCUCUAAGAAGUGAGCUUGCAGCUGCAGCAGCACUGCUGAGGACAAGCCACAUGUCUAGAGGAGAAGCAGGGAGCCAGUUUUGCCACGCAGCUGGAGAGAGGAGUAAGCAGGAGGGUGGCUCGAGACCCAUCUGACUCCACGGCAGAGAAGGCUGGUGUCCCCACAGCAGGCUUUACCGUGGUAUCAAGAGAGCACACGGGCAUGGGAAUGGGCCUGCUGCAACAGAGGUGCAAUGGGCACCUGCUCUGCACACUGAUUCUCCUGGAGGCUGCAGGGGUCUUGGCCUUGAUGUUUUAUGCUCUGCUGUGGGAAGCCGGGAACCUGGUCAACCUCCCCAACAAGCGCAUUGGUUUUUACAACUUCUGCCUGUGGAACGAGACAGCUGGGGAGCUGCAGUGCCUGGAGUACAGGCAUCUGCAGGUGAUGGGCAUCAGCCUAUCAGGAAUAGUGCUAUCCAGGGUUUGCGUUUACUCUUGCCUGGUCUUCAGCAUCUUCUAUCCCCUUUUCUUUGCGCACGUGAAGUGCAUGGAAAACACAGAGGGCUGGAAGGCGAUUCUCAUCAUACUCAUCAUCAAAGUGAUGAUACUGUCUGGAGGCCUGGGUAUAUUUCUCUUCCAGACCUUCCAUUGGAUUCACCUCUUUGAAUUCACUGGGGGCUUCCUGGCACUGCUUGGGACUCAGGCUCUGCUACUGCUCCAGAUUUUCACUGCCACUAUGUACUUCAGCUGGGCCAAGCACAAGUAUCCAUACUAAAGCCCCUUCCCUGAGGAGGCCAUGUCCAUUGAAGGUGGAGAAGAUGCAAGAGCUAUGAAUUGCCUGAUUUAGAAUAAAAAUAGCACCACAGCUUUUGUAACUGGCAGGAAUUUGAUCCCUAGUCCAGGUGCUCAUGCCCAGCCAUGCUCUGGGACACACAGCUGUGAUUGCAAGCCAGAUGCUGGCAGCACUCCUGCAGCAAAGGCACCAACACCCACAGCACAGCGUGGGAGCUUCCUAGGAACAGCAGCACGUAGCACACAGUGCAGCCUGGGACACAGCACCAGAGCGACAGCAUUUCUGGCCCUGACCCUGAAGACAACAAAGAGGACAGAUCAGACCCAGCACAAGGCAGAUAUGUCCAUCUGGCCAUAUCUAGCCUGACUGUAGACAGCCAGAGAGGCAAAACAGGCUUGCUUUCUUGGAGUUGCCCAAAGAGACUCAGCUGCUUCUCCACCUCCUGGAUAACCAGGGCCAUCUUAGAAGCAAACAUGAGUGAGGAACUUUGUCUUCACAUUGCCAUCACAGCAGUGCAAGCCCCAGACAUGCAAUGGAAACGCUUUCUUCAGCAGAAGCACCUGCACCUCGUCUGCUGGAAUAACAUGGACUUACAGGGUGACUCUGCUUGCAGUUCAUUUGGGUGAAGUGGCCCAUGUCCAACCCCAGGAGCAGCACGGCACCUGGAAGGGCAUUUUAAUCAUUUGCUGAACAUAGCCAUAAUGAGGAAGGCUUCCAUGAGGAUUUUGGUGCAGAUCCCCAGGCUCUCACUGACACUAUGCGACUGAGCCCAGCACUCCAGCAGCCUCAGAGGCUCCAGCAGAGACAAGUCCUGGGUGGAGGCAGCCGGUCACUGAGCUAUUUGCAACCUCUCAUGAGGCAGCGCUGGCUUUCCACUCUGUCCCCUCUGGGCACACGAAGGCCCGUAUUCUCAUCUCUCCUUCCACAGGGUCUUGGCAAGGACAUGGCUGGUGACACUAGUCUGACGGAUUCCUCAUUUAAAUAAAAACUCUCGCACCUUG